UCUGUAACGGCGAACGUAAAAUCAAUGGAAGUAUACAAUUUAACAAUCAAUUCAGCGUCCGGGACCACAGCAGCCCAUUCCAAAACGUCUGUAACGGCGAACGUAAAAUCAAUGGAAGUAUACAAUUUAACAAUCAAUUCAGCGUCCGGGACCACAGCAGCCCAUUCCAAAACGCGUCCGGGACCACAGCAGCCCAUUCCAAAACGAAGGAUACAAUAUACAAUCAGUUCAACGUCCGGGACCACAGCAGCCCAUUCCAAAACGGAUGUAUGGGAUGUAUGGAUGAAUUUCAUAGGAGUUAUAAGAAUAAUUGACGUUGUACCAUGA